AUGAAGAAAUAUGCAAAGGUGGAGACAAUUGACAGUGUGGCUGGGCGACUCAUUAUUGUGGGCGACAUUCACGGCUGCCUGGCUCAACUGCAGGGGCUGUUGGCAGCCGCGGCCUUCGUAAAGGGCAGGGAUGAGGUGAUCAGCGUUGGGGACUUGGUGAACAAAGGGCCCGACUCGUUUGGCGUCGUGCGCCUGCUGCAGAGCCUUGGCGCACGCGCGGUGCUCGGCAACCAUGACGCCAAGCUGCUCAAACUUCGGAAAAAACUGCGACGGAAUGGGGCGCUGACAGGGAAGGGCAGUGAGUCGAGUUUGGCGCCGCUCGCCAUGACGCUGCCGAAGGAUGUUGAGGACUAUUUGUCACGCCUGCCGCAUGUUCUUUGCAUCCCCGCACACAAACUGCUGGUAGUGCACGCGGGCCUUAACGUUCAAUUUCCUCUUGAGCAGCAGCUGGCCAAGGAUGUAACCACGAUGCGCAACCUCAUUGUGAAAGGGCCUGGGCUGUACACUGCGUCCGAGGAUACAACGGAGGGUGUGCCGUGGGCCUCACUCUGGCGGGGCCCGGAGACGGUUAUAUUUGGCCACGACGCCAGACGAGGCCUCCAACGACACCCGUACGCGAUUGGAUUGGACACGCAGUGUGUGUACGGCGGCGAGCUCACCGCUGUUGUCUACCCCGGUGAAAGCCUCAUCUCCGUGCCCGGAUGGACCUUUCAACCGUCGAAGGUGUGA